GACCUUUUCUAUUUCUAUGGGACCAUCAAGCAGUCCAUGAGGCAUGCUUCGAGUUUGCUUCCUGAGCCUUCCUCUCUGUAACUUGGCCACGACGAUUUCUGAUACUGUACAGUUAUGAACAAGCUGAAAAAGUCCCCGCCUCAUUCUGCCAUCAGCGCUCUCGGACAGCACUCUGCUCAGGUUGCUAGCUCUAUUGCUUCCUCCUCUGCCUCGGUCGAGAGCCGUACGAUGCUCUAUGCUCGUGCACUUGUACCAGCCACGGGCAGGACGAAAGCCACUCGACCUGUCAAUGCGGCCUCCACCAUCUCUGCCGCAGUGCGCCCCAUGACUACCGCGGAACAGUACUGGGCCAUGCGUGCACUGACGGCAGAAGCGCACUUGUCCACGCGCGUAGUCCAUCAAACCGAGCUCGUCGAGCUGUCGCAGCGUGAGGAGGAAAGGCGUGCCCGCGAAGUGGACGCGUUGCGGCGUUCGCACGAGGAGACGUAUGCUCGGAUGGAGUUGCUCGUGCUGAUCCUUUUGGGCUGUCUCGUAUCAUUCGCCUUUGCGACUGUCUAUAUGAUCUCGCCUAGCCAGCAUUCCCAGUCUACGCGGUGGCCGACGCCGCACUUCACGAUACCCAUCCUAUCUCCAUUCACCUCCGUGGUCGAGCACGAGACGUCCGCGGUCAAUGCAAAGAUGACGAGUGCAUUUAUCGUCGCGUUAGCUUGCUUAGCAUAUGGCUGUUUUCGUUACUGGGUAUUGCACAUGCGGAGAUGACCACCCCAAAAAGCCUGGAGACGCCCGUACCCAUGAUCGCGGGCUGACCAUGCCGUGUCGCCAGACUCCAGACUCACUCUAAAUCCCGCACACCAGACCCCCGUCCCAGCUCAGACCGGUCUCACGACCCAGAAUACAAGGCCCGAUGGUUUUUUUUUGCUGCCAUCUGGACCGGCUGACCGCAGCGACGUCGUGUCGUUGCUGCGGAUGGCACAUAUAGCAUGGUCCUGUCCUGGUGCUGUGAGAAUUUCCGAGAAUGCUACUCUACCACACCUGUGAG